AUGAUUUCUUCCUCUGAGUCUCCUCCAUUCUGUGCUGCACUCCUUCUGUGUCACCCGAGUCGGUAAUUGUCGGUGCGUCAGGGACAAAGUCGUUUUUUUUGUAACUAUAAGCAAAAAUGGCACCCAAGAAGGACCCUAAAGCUCCCGCAAAGAAGGCAGAACCUGCACCCGCGCCAGCAGCAGCACCUGCACCUGCACCGGCGCCUGCUCCUGCUGCAGCUCCCGCGGUCGACCUGUCCUCUGUCAAGAUUGAAUUCAGCGCAGACCAGAUUGAAGACUACAGGGAGGCCUUCGGCUUGUUCGACAGGGUGGGUGACAACAAGGUGGCGUACAACCAGAUCGCUGACAUCAUGCGCGCUCUGGGACAGAACCCCACCAACAAGGAGGUCAACAAACUGCUGGGGAAUCCCUCAGCCGAGGACAUGGCCCAAAAGAGAGUAGAGUUCGAAGCUUUCUUGCCCAUGCUUCAGACCAUCAUCAACAGCCCAAACAAGGCAGGAUUUGAGGACUACGUUGAGGGUCUGCGUGUCUUCGACAAGGAGGGCAACGGCACAGUCAUGGGUGCUGAGCUGCGUAUUGUCCUGUCAACACUGGGAGAGAAGAUGACCGAGGCUGAGAUUGAUGCCCUCAUGACAGGACAGGAGGAUGAGAACGGCUGCGUGAACUAUGAGGCCUUUGUCAAGCACAUCAUGUCUGUGUAAGGACCCUGCCACUGUGGUGGCGAACAUCGACUAGUGCAGACCCCAUGGUGUCGCGACAUCCACUCGCUGUUUCCUGAAUCAUCUGUGGAAGCAGGGGGGCACAAAGGACUAAGAGAUGUCAUUUCUUGAAACCCUGUUUCGUUAAAUCCAACUUUUUUUUUUCUUUUGUCGAAAUGGUGCUUUAUUAUUUCCCCCCCUCUUCUCUCUUCCUCCUCCUGCGACUUGGAAAGCAGUAAUGAUUGCCAACGAGGCGUUUCUUCCUUCAUCCAGGUCCCGUGGUCUCAUUGGGGUUUUUGUUAUUACAGAGGAACAGUGCUGUAGGGGGAGGUGGAAUACCGAUGCCCAUUUCCUCCCACCUAUUGCUUGGUUGGCUGUCUAGCUGCCAUGUAGGUGACUGGUUUGGCCCAGGACUGGCCGAUCAAAUCAAUUUGCCCUUCACUCAACCCAUCCCUGAGUCUUAAGCUAUUGUAUCCUCUGCCAUUUCACAAUAAACUUUUCACACUCCCAUUUUA